UCAAGCUUGUUAGUCCCACCUUUUUGUGUUUCCCGCACCGUCAAUCAAAAUAGAAAAAAAUCGACCCGAAUUCACCGAUCAACACUAGCCCGCCUUUGAUAAAAUAAUCAUGUUUGGAGUUUAGUUUACCAGAUAAUCCUCCCGGUUACUACCAUUUACGCUAUGACUGGUACCUAAACAUUUAGCGCAUCGAAGCGUGCAACUAAUCGCGCCACAGCAGAGCAGCCUCUGAAACAAGGAGAAAUGGCGUCCGCGGACGUGGACAGCAGUCAAAGCGAGUUUCUGCAACCCGGCGGCGCAACGGAAACACAGACAACAGACAUGUCAGCCAUUCAGCUGACUGGUUCCGACCGAUGGGAGGUGUUAACUCCUGUCUCAACUGGGAAGGAAGACCAGGGAAUCGUUCACAUUCCAAACUCGGGGAUUGUUACGUCCAACGGGCAGUACAUGCUUCCUAUUGGGAGUCUCCCCAGCCAGCCCAUUUAUGUUACAGCAUCUGGGAAUGAGGCUGCAGCCAAUGGAGUGUCAGGCAUUCAGUAUCAGGUCAUCCCCCAAAUCCAAAAUGCAGAUGGGACACUUGCAGGUUUCACCCAGGGAUUGGAUGAUGGCACGGGGCAGAUCCAUCUCCUCCAAGAUGGCGGCCAGGGCAGCAUUGGAAUCAGCUGUGCCACAACAGCGACCACAGACCUCCUGACGCAGGCGGGGCAUGUACAGUCAAUCCAAGGCCUCCCGCUGGCUGGGGGGUCAGCAUACACUAAUACAGUAGGGCUGCCCGGCAACAUAACAUUCGUCCCUAUAAACAGUGUGGAUCUGGAGUCUCUAGGGCUGACUGGAGCACAGACGGUCCCCAUUGCAACAGGGGUAACACCCGAAGGUCAGCUGAUCAUGGGCGGCCAGACGCUGGACAAUCAGGGUCAGGACACUGGCGUCAAGCAGCCGCUGGUGACAGUGAGCAGCGCCAACCAAGAACUCUACGUGCCAACCACCACUUCCUCCUCCAACCCCUCCCAUCUUCCGGAGACCAUCGAUGGCACCGGGGUUCUGACCCAAGCAACCGCCGUGUCUGCAGGCGUGUCCGACCCCUCCUCAGAGAACUUCAACUCCCAAAACCACCUGCAGCAAAUCCAGCAGGUCUCAUCCUCUAAUGCCACCACUAUCUCGCAGCCCAUCCUGCAGCUGUCUGGGGACAGCCAGGGUCAGGACCUAAAUGCAGCAGGUCAGACUCUACAGAGCGUGCAACUGGUCAACCCAGGGACCUUCCUCAUCCAGGCCCAAACUGUCACCGCUACUGGGCAGAUCCAGUGGCAGACCUUCCAGGUCCAGGGUGUCCAGUCACUCCAGGGGCUCCAGUUGCCCCAGGGGCAGGGGCAGGCCCAGCAGCUGACCUUAGCCCCGGUCCAUACUCUCCCUCUGGGCCAGACGGGCCAGGUCAGCCUGCCCAACCUCCAGACAGUCACAGUGAACUCUGUAGCACAAGGUGGAGUUCAGUACACACAGGGAGAGGACCAAAACAGUCCAAUUGGUAUCCAGAUAAAGGAGGAGCCGGACUCUGAGGAGUGGCAGCUUAGCGGAAACUCCACGCUCAACCCCAGCGAUCUGAACAACCUGCGUGUUCCGAUGGGAGAUGAGGAAAUGGAGAUGGCGGGCGGGGAGGGCAAGAGGCUCCGCAGAGUAGCCUGCACCUGCCCCAACUGCAAAGAGUCUGGAGGAAGAGGUUCAGGCAUGGGGAAGAAGAAGCAACAUAUCUGCCACAUUGCCGGCUGCGGGAAGGUUUAUGGGAAGACGUCUCAUCUUCGAGCUCAUUUGCGCUGGCACAGUGGAGAGAGACCCUUCGUUUGCAACUGGAUGUUCUGCGGGAAGAGGUUCACCAGGAGCGACGAGCUGCAGAGACAUAGGAGGACACAUACAGGAGAGAAGAAGUUUGUGUGCAUAGAGUGCUCCAAGAGGUUCAUGCGGAGUGACCACCUGGCCAAGCACAUAAAGACUCACCAGAAUAAAAAAGGCGGGGUACCCUCCACGUCUCCGCCCACCACCGACGCAGUCAUCACCGCCGACGGAACCACGCUCAUCCUCCAGACCGCCAACCACGACCUCUUAGCCAAUCAGGAGAUCCCUUUGCAGCUGGUCACUGUGGCGUCCGGUGAGGCUAUGGAAUGAGGGGGUGAAUGGGGCGAGGUGUUUGUUUUUGAGAACUAGCCUUUCCCAGGGACCUCUUGGGCUUUUCUCUUUCCCCUCUUAACUUGUUUUUUUUUUACAUAUGAAUAUAUACGUAAAUAUAUAUGACAAAUAUAUAUAUUUUAAGUAAGAGUUAUCAUGACUUUGUUUUUUUGCAGUCUUUUUAUAGGCUGGCAAAAACAAAACAUUAAAAUGUGGUUGCUAUGUACACGCAUAAACACACACACACACACACACACACACACAUGCAUUAAUACUCAAGACAGAACAUGAAUACUCAACACGAUGAAAUGCCUUAUUUUGUAUCAUACUCUUGUAUAAAUUGCUGGAGGUGCAUGUGUUUUUUUAAGCUUUGCAGAUGAUGUAACUGCAACAGAGAUAAAUGUGUUUGUGAAAUGAUGAUGAUGAGGAGGAGUUUCUGAAAAAGAAUAAGGAAGUAGUGAACCUCUCUGGGAUGAUUGCAUUUUUGUCUCUGGAGAAUUCUGACACUGUCUGAAGCAGCGCUGCAUUCACGCUGAAUUGUUGCACUGCUGCAGUCAUGAAGGAACACUUGUUUUUAAAGGAAUAGUUCAACAUUUUGGGAAACAUGCUCUUUUGCUCUCUUGCAGAGAGUCAGUUAAGAAGAUUGUUACCACUCUCUACUUGGUGAGUGGUAUCAAUCUUCAUAUCUAACUCUUGGCAGGAAAGCAAAUAAGCACGUUUCCCAAAAU